AUGGACCUUUCCAACAAUGGUUUCACUGGUGAACUUCCAUCUAAGUUGUUGCAAAGUUUCCAUGCCAUGAAAGUGAUUGUUAGUCAAGACCAAUUUGAAUAUAUGAAUACUUCUCAAGGGCUCCCUCUGUCCUUGGAAACAUAUGAAAAAAUGGUGGACUAUGAUAUGAAAUUGAUGAGUAAAGGCACGGAGAGGGAAUACACAAAGGUUCCAUAUGCCCUUAAGGGAAUUGACCUCUCCAACAACAAAUUUGAAGUAUGCAUACCCGAUUUCAUUGGGGAUUUGAAGUCACUUGUUUUGCUUAACCUUUCAAACAACAUUCUCACUUGUUUCAUUCCACCUUCCUUGGCAAAUUUGAGAGUUCUUGAAUCUCUAGAUCUUUCUCGAAAUAAGCUCUCAGGAGAGAUCCCACAACAGCUUGCCCAGCUUACAUUUCUUUCAUCUUUCGAUGUCUCUCAUAAUCAACUGUUUGGAUCAAUACCACGAGGGAGUCAGUUCAACACAUUCGGGGCCAGUUCAUUUGCCAUGAAUGAGGGGUUAUGUGAAAGUCAUUUGCCAAAAAAAUGCACAACAAUUGGGGAUGACAUACCAUUACCAACAUCACCGCUAGAGGAAGAAAAUGGCGACAAGUCUCUGUUUGACUUGGAUUGGAAAGUUGUGCUAAUCGAUGCUGGAGUUGGCUUUUUGAUUGGUGUUGUGUUAGGGAACUUUUUCAUUGACGAGAAGAGUAUGUGGUUUUUGUACUACUCGCAAUAA